AUGACCUGGCAAAACAUCCUAGACGAGCUGAAAAAAGCUGCUCUGACAGUCAGCAAUCAAGGACCAGCAUCUGAGAGUAUCCUCGGAGUUAAGCACCUGACACUCCAGCAUUCCGCAGACCACUGGGAGGAGCUUCAUGCUCCCGUUCAUGCCAUCUUCGGUUGGGGGCAAGAAGGAGGUCUACUAUCUUCGAAAUCGAGUCAGGCAGACUUUCUCCUUAUACACGACUUUCUGAAUACCUUUGCCCAUGUUGAGCAAGAUGUCGGGGAAGGAUCCUGUCUGUCUGCAAUGGUUCCUCGAAUGCAUACAGCACUUGAGCUCUGUCAAAAGGCUCCCCAAUCACCUGUGCACGGAAACCAGUCAGAGCCACUGCACCUGCACACAAAUCCAUCUUGUACCACUGGCACACCAUCACCUGCAAGGCCUGACACCCAGCAAAAGGAAUAUAUCGAGAUCUCAGAGGGCUCAGAUAAGGAAGACGAAGAAAGUACUGACGGGUCAGAGGGCCAUGACACUGAUGAUGAAUGGACACACCAGACUCGAGUUCAGGCAGCUGUAGGCUCAAGAGUCACUAAACAGACAACCACAGAGCAACGGGUCCAGAGGCUAAACGAGGCAAAGAAUCUAGGGCUUAUAAUCGAGUUUGGGCCAACUUUUGUCAAGUGUCGAUGUGGAGUCAGUAUAAAGCUAGAUUCUGGAGACCAUCGGACUCUUCAGAAGCUUGAGAGCGGAAAAAAUCGCAACAAACUUCCCCAACAAUGCCAAUAUGACCUUAGCAAAUACGACCGCCACCUUCAAGUACAUUCCCAUAAGUUUAUGAAAUCAAUCACUUCAUUCUUCACAUCAUCGGUCAAAAAAUCAUCAGAGACAAUCAAGCAGAAGUCUCCGCAAAGCAUUCCUCCACUCACUGUAGCGCAGGCUGAUGGGGCCAACAUUGAUAUGAGUGUGGCAUGUCUGGGACGAGCUGAUGGUACAUAUGCACUCCUUGCUAAGAAUGCAGUUGCCGGAGACAUGGGAGGGGUUGGCAGCAUCACCAGUCACAUUGAGAUGGUGAAGGGUCUCUUUCCAUACAAGUAUGGAGUGUCAGCACAGGAAGGAACGACUGGUGACAUAUCUGCCUCACCAUCUCAAAGAAACAUGCAUACCAGCAUCACGAAAUUUAGUCAGGAGGAGCUUGCAAUCCUUGGACAGGAACUGUUGAGCCGUCGGCGUUGGUUCAUAGAAAAUGGCUGUGAUGCUGGUUCACGUAUCAUACAUUCUGCGACUUGUACACACCGCUUUGUCCCUGAUUCAGAUGGGAAAGUGAUGUGUGAGCAAUGCUGUGCACUGGACAAAGACAAGAGCCUACAGCGGCAGCUUCAACGUGCUUCAAAACGAGACAAAGCUGAUGCACAGCUUUCAGAGACAGAUCGGAAUAAGGUCGAAAAGUGGCGAGUCACAAACACAUCACUGAUACUUGUUCAAAUUCGCUCCACCCAGCUGAAGGAAUACUUGAAGGACCCACGGGUACAUCGAGCGUAUCAGUUGCUUGAGAAUGAUGAUUAUGGUUGA